AUGUUGUGUUCCCGUUGUAUUUUCCUCGUCCUCUUCGAUGACAAAAUUAAAGACCUUCAGAUGCCAACUAUCUCAACUACGGAAUAUACGCGCCUCUGGCACCCCGAUUUUCCUCAUCAUUCAGUCCGCAUUAAGCGUACCGAAUGGUGCGAUCCUGUGGUGGCAGCAUACACAGGAUAUGUAGACGCAGGGCCGAGGCAUAUGUUCUUCUACUACUUCGAAUCCCGACGUUCUCCUGCGACCGAUCCACUCCUAUUGUGGCUUACUGGUGGACCAGGCGGCUCCAGCGCUAUCGGCCUCUUGAUGGAACUCGGCCCAUGUCGCGUCCUCCCUGUCUCCUCCACCACACCCACCUCUAACUCAGGUACUGCGCCCCACCCCUACUCGUGGAACACGCAAGCCAACCUCCUGUUCCUCGACCAGCCCGCGGGAGUCGGCUUCUCGUAUUUGGACCCAGAGGCGGGUGGAGUAAGAGGCACGAGCGAGGAGGCGGCGAAGGACGUGUUCGCAUUCUUACAUGCCUUCCUGGAGGGAUUCGGGAUGCAGGGCCGAGACUUUCAUAUCAGUGGGGAAUCGUACGCCGGACGGUAUAUCCCCGUAUAUGCGUCCUACAUCAUAGAUUCCAACCGCCGAGCCGCCUUCCAAGGGCUACAGCCUAUCAAUUUGAAGAGCGUACUCAUCGGAAACGGAUACACGGACGUGCCCACAAUGCUCACGAGCUACUACGAUCUAGCAUGCUUGAAUGUCUCAGUACCGCCGUACCUAGAUAUCAGUCAGUGCGUGCGGAUGAAACCUGUUAUACCCCGUUGUGAGCAAAUGCUACGGGAUGGCUGCGUCACGGUUCGGGACGAGCUUGGUUGCGGAGCCGCAAGAGCCUUCUGUGAGAGCGAGCUGUGGAUGCCGACCUGGAAGAGUGGGAGAAAUCCGUACAAUGUUGCCGAGAUCUGCCCGACAACCGACAACCCUGUCGUGUCCUGCUAUCCUAUCAUGCAAUGGAUGUCAGCCUAUCUCAAUCUCAUUUCUACUCUCUCCUUGUUGGGCGUUGAUGAGCAUGCGAAGGAGUAUUACGUCACCGGUCUGCUUGAACGAGGUAUGGACGUGCUUAUCUAUGUUGGAACGUACGACAAUGUUUGCAAUUGGGUCGGCAAUUCCCGCUGGGUCGAAGCGCUCGAGUGGACCGGUCAGCUCGCCUUCAAUUCCCGAGACCUAACCGAGUGGACCGUCCACGGCCGCCGUGCAGGGCUAACAAAGCACGCAAAGGGGUUGACGUUCGCCACUGUCGAUGCGGCAGGGCACAUGGUACCGUACGACAAACCGGUUGAGGCUCUGGCGAUGCUUAACCGCUGGCUCGAGAAGAGAAGCCUCCAUCAGGGUGAGUGA